UGGUGUCGGCGUCCUAUCAAGAAUCUCCUCAACAGAUGACACUAGUACUCAAACUGGACUGGAGUGCCGUAAGUACGUGUAACUUAUAUCUUAACCUUGUUAAUUCUCAGCCGUCAGCCACCUACCUACGACCUCCCUCUCUCUCUCCUCCCUCUCCUCUCUCUCCUUUCUCUCCAUCUGCUGCACCGCCGUCUCCGACUCCUCACAUUUCCAAAUCCAAACAAAGAGAGCAACAAUAUGUUGGCAUCAAACCUGCCAAAGAGUCCCUUCUUCCCCACCCACUAUGUCCCCAUCUCCCGCUCCUUCCACAUCUCCUGCAGCGUCUCGCAGCUGCAAACAGCGGCGGCGGAAGCAGUGAACGGCCGAGUUUCUGAACGGAACGAGAUUCGCCUCGGCCUGCCAAGCAAAGGCCGUAUGGCCGCCGACACUCUUGAUCUUCUCAAGGACUGCCAGCUGUCCGUCAAGCACGUCAAUCCUCGUCAAUACGUCGCCCAAAUCCCACAGCUAUCGAACUUGGAGGUGUGGUUUCAGCGGCCGAAGGACAUUGUGCGGAAAUUGUUGUCUGGAGACUUGGACCUUGGCAUUGCGGGUUUUGAUACUGUCAGUGAGUAUGGAGAGGGGAAUGAAGAUCUUAUCAUUGUUCAUGAUGCUCUUGAUUAUGGGGACUGCCGUUUAUCCCUUGCAAUUCCAAAAUACGGGAUUUUUGAAAAUAUAAAUUCACUGAAGGAGCUAGCACAAAUGCCUCAAUGGACUAAAGAGAAACCUCUCCGAGUUGCUACUGGCUUCACCUAUCUCGGUCCUAAAUUUAUGAAAGAUAAUGGAUUGAACCAUGUGAGUUUUUCAACUGCUGAUGGAGCACUUGAGGCAGCUCCUGCGAUGGGGAUAGCUGAUGCAAUUUUGGACCUCGUGAGUAGUGGGACGACGCUGAAAGAAAACAACCUAAAAGAGAUUGAUGGGGGAGUUGUGUUACAAAGCCAGGCAGUUCUUGUUGCAAGCAAGAGGUCAUUGAUCCAAAGGAAAAGCGCUCUUGACACGACACAUGAGAUUCUUGAAAGAUUAGAGGCACAUCUAAGGGCAGAGGGUCAGUUCACGGUAGUUGCAAAUAUGAGAGGAAACAGUGCAGAGGAAGUGGCUGAGCGAGUCUUGAGCCAGGCAUCAUUAUCUGGUUUGCAGGGACCCACUGUAAGUCCAGUUUUUUAACAUGGUGGGCAAAUUGCAGUCGAUUACUAUGCCAUAGUCAUAUGUGUGCCAAAAAAGGCACUCUACAAGUCCGUUCAACAACUGAGAGCGAUUGGAGGCAGCGGAGUUCUAGUUUCCCCAUUGACCUACAUUUUCGAUGAAGAGACUCCAAGAUGGUGUGAACUUCUCUCAACGCUUGGCCUCUAGUUCUCUGUGGCCGAUGAUGUGCACGGUUUUUUGUAUUUCUUUUUGUAGCCAUGGCAGUAUUUAGGAGUUUGAUGGGCAAACACGUAUUGAUACCUGCAGAUGGGCUAUAUUUCGGAUAAAAAUGCACUUAGAGGAGGGUUUAAAGUUUUAAACAAUGAAAUUCCUUGUACUCUAUUGUGUUUGAAUCGACAACUUGAGUUUCGUUUGCGAUUUUUUCUUAUCCUCUA